CACAGAGAUAUACAAAUUAUGGCGGCCCACAAAUUUAACUGCAACAAUUUGAAGGCGCUCACCACUACUGCUGCUGCCAAUAACAAAAACAUAAGCCAAGCUAUGCCACCAUCGUCGUCCGCGUCCGUCAAAGGCAUGCAACAACAACAACAACAACAGCACGGGCAUCAUCUUCCGCGGCUACAGCUGCCUCAAAUUGUUGCAGUAGCUACUGUCAUUUUUGGCCUGCUAUUCUCUUCGUGCAUUUGUGUCAGUGGGCAAAUUGAUGGAUACACAGCCGGAGUUGAUUAUCCAACAUAUGAUUCUGUGCCAAAGGGAUUGUCAUUCAAAUGCCAAGGUCGUACACCCGGAUAUUAUGCGGAUACGGAGACCAGAUGUCAGAUCUGGCAUUGGUGCCUUCACUCUGGCCACCAAUAUUCAUUUGUUUGCCCCAAUGGUACUGUUUUCAAUCAGGCCGUUCGUGUCUGCGAUUGGUGGUCCAAUGUCAAUUGUCCGGCCUCGGAACAAUUGUACGAAAACAAUGAUGAGCUCUAUCGAACAACUGAGAGCAACUUUGUUGACAACUCUAUUUGA